UUGGAGGAGGAAGGCGGGGGCAGCUCCUGAUGUUUGCUUCUCUUACCUGAUCCUUGGAAAAGCAAACGGUGGCUGGAGGUGGGGGUGGAUUCUGAGAAACAGGGGCGAGGUGAGUAAGUUUACCAGUCUGGCCUCUUCCCAGCCACGCUUAUCUCACCCAGUGCUUCAAAGGGGUUGACAAAUCUCCCUAAGCCCCUCCGUUCUCCAGUGAAGCAACUCCAGCAGGUGACAGAAGGGGCCAAAGGCCUCCACCUGACUCAGCGGAGAUGAGCUCUGCCCUUUGCGAGCUCAAGACCCGAGAGCAGGUGGGGCAGUUUCAAGAAGGAAGUGGGUUUCAGACAUGACAUCACGGUGGUUGUUGAAGGCAGGCAGCAGGAAAAGAGGAAGACUGGAUGUGAGAUGGAUGGGCUCUGUCAAGGAAGCCAAGGCCUUGAGUUUGCAGAGAGCUAGGUUCUUUGGGAGGUCACAAAUUCUGAGGGUCACCAUGAGCUGGAAAGGACUUGACGGCAAAUUAGGGAGGGAGGUGGUGGUUAUGCCCCAUCAGUUCAUACGCACCCCUUCACCUUAUGGCAUCUCUAUGAAGGAGGACAGGACAUUCCAGGGUCAUGAAAGCUCAAGGCUGUGGCUUCCUUCAGGAAGUCAGUCCAUUUUAUAUUGGGCCUUCCUCUUUUCCUGCUGCCUUCAACUUUUCCAAGCAUUAUUGUCUUCUCCAGUGACUCUUGGUUUCUCAUGAUGUGCCUAAACGAUGAUAGGUUCAGCUUUGUCCUUUUUGCAUCUAGAGUUCAGGCAAGACAAAAUCUAGGACCCACUUGUUUAGCUUUCUGGUGGUUCAAGGUAUCCACAAAGCUCACCUUCAGCAGCAUAAUUUGGAGGAAUUGAUUCCCCCCCCCCGCUGCCCCCCUUGUAGGUGUUCUUCACCGUCCAACAUCCACAUCUGUACGUAGCACAAAGGGUCUUGUCUUUGGUCUCCAGCGACACAUCCUGGCCCAUUAUGAUCUUUUCUAAUUCUUUCAUGGCCUUAGCCUUUCCAAGUCUCAGCCUCCUUCUGACUUGGUGGUAACCGUCUUGGUUUGGACUGGCGAUGGAAACAAGUUCUAGGUCAAAAGGUUCUUCAGUAGCCACAUCUCCAAGUAGGGCCAGCUGGACACAGAGGACUCCUUGAGUCGGUCUGGAUCCGCCACUUGCCCGAUGCCUGAACUACUUUAUAAGGUUCUGAGAACCGGGCGGAUGGAGGGGAGCAAGGAAAGCUCUCCCUGGCCGGAAGAUCCCAGCGACCCCUCCCAGGGACUGGAGGGUCCUCUCCUCCUUCAGAAUGGCUUGGUGCCUCCAGCAGCCCCCUGCGAAGCUGGCAGCCCGUGGGACCCCAGUCCCGUCAUCGCCUGCCUCUCCCGGCCUCUCCCGCAGAAGAGCGAGCUCAGAGGAGACCCUGAGCGGAGUCUCCAAGGCGGUGCCGGUGCCACGGAGGGCCGUUCGGGGAGCAGCCUCGCUUGGGGCGCCCCGCUCAGGGACAGCCAGAACCACCUCCCUCUCCCUUCCGCGUUCAGCCUGCCCCAGAGGAGGACUCCCAGCCCGGGCAGCCCGGCUGAGGGAGAAGGGAGCAGAGUGUUGGGGGAGCCCAGCGCGGCCGCCACUGCCACUGCCGGCAGCGCCCCCCUGGAGUGGCUCAAGUGCUCAGACUGUCGGAAGCCUGGCAGCUCCUUCGUGGGCCUGGCGCGGCCGAGACAGGCGCGCUGCAAGCCGGUGCCAGCGGCGGUGGCCAGGAAGUAUUUCAGCUGCAAGCACUGCGAGAAGGAGUACGUCAGCUUGGGGGCCCUCAAGAUGCACAUCCGGACCCACACGCUGCCCUGCGUGUGCAAGAUCUGUGGCAAGGCUUUUUCCCGGCCGUGGCUGCUGCAGGGCCAUAUCCGGACACACACAGGGGAGAAGCCCUAUGCCUGCUCGCACUGCAGCCGCGCCUUCGCCGACCGCUCCAACCUCCGGGCCCACCUGCAGACGCAUUCCGACAUCAAGAAGUACCAGUGCCACGCCUGCCUGAAGACCUUCUCGCGGAUGUCCCUGCUCUUGCGGCACGAGGAGGCCUCCUGCUGCCCCCCUGCAACCUGAGCCACGAAAAGAAACCGAUUCAUGCCAUCAGCACCUCCUGGGGGGGGGGCAGGGGUGGUGGUGGUGGUGGUGAGCAUUGAGCAGCAAAAAGCCUGCCCCACGGAGGCUGAGACGGCAGAAUGGAGGGAUCUGAUCUGAACAUCUGGGCCUUCUCGAGACCUCCUGUUUCAUAGAAGGGUUGGUGGUCCUGAAGCAAACACCCUGUGGCUCUCAUUUUGGGGACAUGGAAGGGCGUGCGUGCCUUGUUCCUUUGUGCAGUGAAUUGGCAAAAGGGAUGCAUCACAAGCUGGUUUUAAGGCCCUCACACCAAGUUCUUCCACAGAGGGGAUCACCUUUCGUCCAAACGGGACAGCUUGCAAACUCUUCAACUGUGACCUGCUGAGCUUUUGAGGGAGCAUCUCGGUUUCUGACCUCGUUGGCCGGAAAGCCGGAGGCCAGUCUGCUUCUACCUGUCAGCUUUUGCAUUAAAAGAUCUUUCCCUCCUUCU